AUGGCUGCUGUCAGUUCAAGAGGUGGAAGAAACACAGAAGUAAUCCAGAUUCCAAGGAAAUGGAAGGAAGACAGAGAAAUCACUCCUGAGAGAACCAGAGUAGUCGGGAGUGAAUCUAAUAAGCUGUCCAGAAAAGUUCCUGUUGUUUACUAUCUGUCCAGAAAUGGUCAGCUUGAGCAUCCCCAUUUCAUGGAGGUCCCUAUCUCUUCUAAUGACGGCCUCUACCUCAGAGACGUAAUCAACCGGUUAGACCUCCUUCGAGGCAAAGGCAUGGCUUGCCUCUACUCCUGGUCCUCUAAACGGAGCUACAAAAACGGCUUCGUUUGGCACGACUUAACGGAGAACGAUUUCAUUCACCCAGCUCACGGUCACGAGUACGUUCUCAAAGGAUCAGAGCUUCUCGAUCAUUCUAACAAACAGCUCUUCCUUGAAGCGAAACCUCAAGAAACUCGUCAAUCAUCAUCAUCAUCCAGUCAAGGCUCGGAUUUUUCAGUUAUCGCCAGGCGUAGGAACCAAUCCUGGAGCUCUAUCGAUCUUAAUGAGUACAAAGUUUACAAGACUGAGUCAUCCUCCGAGUCGAGUCGAAAACUCGCUGCUGACGCGUCGACUCAGACUGAUGAUAGCAGGAGGAGGAGGAGACAGGUCAAACCAGAAAUCCAAGAAUUGCAGGAAGAGAGAAAAAUUGGUCCCGAACCGGAGGCGAACAGAGAAGAGAUUAUUGAGGUUUCACCCCCACCGUCUGACUCGAGUCCAGAGACUCUGGAGUCUUUGAUGAAGGCUGAUGGACGGCUGAUAUUAAGCGGUAAUAAUGAAGGGAGUGCUGGCUUAAAUUUGAAUCAAACGGUUGAGAAUGGCGAGCGGAUGAAAGCAUCUACGGUUCUAAUGCAGUUGAUAUCGUGCGGUUCGAUCUCGUUUAGGGACUGUGGGGCCACGGCAGUGAAGGAGAAAGGUUUGUCGUUGAUUGCUGGCCAAUACAAGGGGAGAUUGCCACGUGGAGGAGGGAUCCGUGAGGGAACAUCGAGGGAAAUUUCGAAUUUUUCCAGGGUAAAGUUGGAAGAUAAGGAGUAUUUUAGUGGGAGCUUGAUCGAGACAAAGAAGGAGUUGCCCGCUUUGAACUUGAAGAGGUCCAAUUCCUAUAAUGCUGAUAGGAGCUCCCAGCUGCAACUGGCAGAAAAGGAGAUUGAGGGAGUGCGCACCAAAUGCAUACCAAGGAAGUCAAAAGCAAUGGCAACCAGAAAAGAGAGCAACGGUAAUGUCAUUGUCGACAAUAAUAACAGUGCCAGUAGUAAUAAUAGCAGUAGUCAAGUAGAGAGCAAGACACUCGAGGUCCAAAAAGUCGAAGACGAGGCUCGAUGA